AUUCUAGAGUCAAAUUGCCUACCAUUAAGCUUCCACAUUUUGACGGCAAAAUCGAAGAAUGGAAGCGUUUUUCUGAUAGUUUUCGGUCCAUUAUACAUGACAAGCCGCAGUUGUCGAAUAUCGAGAAGUUUCAAUAUCUAAUUUCGGGUAUCUCCGGCGAUGCCGCGAAAAUCAUAGAAUCAAUCGAAAUAACGAGUCAAAAUUACGUUACUGCAUGGGAAUUGCUGCAGCAGCGUUACGACGAUCCGAGAUCGCUACGCAAAAGGCACAUACAAUGUCUAUUUACUAUGCCUGCGGUAUCGAAAAAGUCUGCGAAGGCUCUGCGGGAACUAAUCGAUUACACUUCCAGACAUUUGAGAGUAUUAAAGGUACUAGGUUCUCCCACAGAGGCUUGGGACGAACUCAUUAUGCAUAUGUUAGAAGCCAAGAUCGACAUAAGGACUCUUCGAGCAUGGGAGGAGGAAAUCAAAUCCAAUGAAACGGUGAAGUUGGAUGACAUGCUAGAAUUUUUGAGAAAUAGAUGUCAGACAUUGGAACGUAUCGAAUCUAGAGCUGUUGACAAAACAGAAAAGUCCAACAAGGAAAAUGAGCAACGUAGCAAGGUAAACCCUACGACAGGGGCGAAAAACAAAAAAACUGCUCUUACCACAUCUCUCGUUCAAGCAUUACCAGUGGUUGAUCGAAUCAAGGAAGUUAAACGUUUGAAGCUAUGCUUAAACUGUUUGAGGGACGAUCAUUUCGUUAAGGCAUGUAAGAUGGGGCAUUGUCGAGAAUGCACCGCGAAACACAACACAUUGUGUCAUUUGCCCAAGGAGGAUCGAACAUCCGCCACAAAAUCAGGAGAGUCGGAGCCUUUGAAUAAGACAGAUUCUGAGCAGCCGACCAGCAACAUUUCAGUUCAUCAUUCGUCGAACAAAUCGAAUAACCGUCAGGUACUCUUGGCAACAGCCAUUGUAAAAAGUGUCUGUCAUAACGGUUCUGUCAUAUCGUUACGAGCACUUUUGGAUAGUGCUAGCGAAGCCAAUUUUAUUACACAAGCAGCGCGCAAUCGAUUAGGUUUAAAACGAAACAAUAUUUCAGAAACCAUUACGGGUUUAAAUGGCGUAGAAAGUAAGAUCUACACUGUUUGCGAUGCACACGUCAAGUCAAGAUGUUCCGAAUUUGAAAUCAAUUCUCAAUUUUUGAUUAUUCCUAAAAUUACCAAAAACUUGCCAUCCGUAGACAUGAAAGAUCAUCGGGUUCCAAUUCCGAACAAUCUUGAAUUGGCUGACCCCGAGUUCUUUAAAAGCGAUCCGAUAGACAUAUUAAUCGGCGCAGAAUAUUUUUAUGAUUUGCUAGAGAACGGUAAAAUCGAAGUUAACGACAAUCGAUUAAUUUUGCAAAACAUUAAAUUUGGUUGGUUAGUGGUCGGUUCAAUGCCAUUCGAUGCCGCAAACUUUCAAACUUACAAACAAAACGCAUUAACUGUAAUGACCUGUUCAUUAGGGGUUACGGAUUCUUUAGACAAGAGUAUCGAGAAUUUUUGGAAACUUAGAGAGUUACGACAAUGA